UGUUUCUAGUUGCUUGUAGAAGCAUAACGUCAACAUGAGUGCGCGAAUUUUGCAGGGGCCUAAACAAAAGAACCUCAUUGAGGAAAAAACACUAGGUCGUUUUAUUUUCAACCGCUGUACAAAAUAUUACAAUAAUCUUUGCCAGAUUGACGGUACCACCGACAAAUGCGAAACGUACGGUAGUCUGAAACUACGAGGUACUCGAUUAGCCAUCGAACUCCAGAAAAGAGGAGUGACAUCCAAAGAUGUAAUUGUAGUGUGUUCCGAGAAUACACUUGACGCGGUUAUUCCAAUCGUAGCAGGUACUUUCAUUGGUGCUAAAGUCUCAAACUUGGAUCCGUCACUUUCCACAAGGCAUAUUAAACAUUUGUUAAGUUUGGUGGAACCAAGAGUGAUUUUCGUCCAAGAAUCGUCCAUCAAAUUAAUCGAGGAGUGUAUUUUGAAUAACGACUUUCAAACAGAAAUCAUCGUUUUUGGUACUUCGCAAAGGUACUCCCUCUUUUCAGACUUGAUUAAAAAACAAGAAAACGAAGACGAAUUUGAGCCAGUCGAUGUUGACCCCGAAGAUAUAGCCUUGAUGUUUUUCAGCAGCGGUACUACAGGGCUGCCAAAAGCAAUUUGUCACUCGAGCAGAGGGUAUAUGGAGAUGGUGACACAAACAUGUCAAAUUGGUUGGAUUGAUAAAGUUUUACACUUUACCACAUUCUACUGGAUGACAGCGAUGAUGAUCUUCCUUGGAUGUUGCAAUUUUGGUAAUUACAGGGUGUUUUGUCGGAAUGCAAGUGGCGAAGACAUUUUCAAAAUUAUUCAGAAAUAUAAAGUCAAGAGUAUGUUUAUGGCUCCUACUUUAACCUACAAACUCACUCGCGUCGAAAACCCACGAAAAUAUGACACUUCUUCUCUUAAAACAAUCACUGUUGGUGGUACCCCUAUAUCAGCAGUUCAGAUUGAGAAACUGAGUCAAAUGUUUCCGACUGCAAUAACCUAUCAGUUGUACGGUAUGACCGAAAUAGGACUGAUCUCAGGGUUUGGACCAGACGUCGACCAAGAAACGCUUAACAGAAAAAUUACAUCCUGCGGAAAACUCAGCUCAAACACCAAACUAAAGGUGGUUGAUUUCGCCACUGGAGAAAUGCUCCCUCCGAACAAAAAAGGAGAAAUAUGCGUCUUUUCCCGUUCUCUCAUGAAAGGGUACCACAAAAAAGACUCCUCUCAAACCUUCGAGAAAGACGGUUUCCUGAAAACCGGCGACGAAGGGUACUACGACGAAGAAGAAUACAUCUACAUAGUUGAAAGAAUUAAAGAAAUGUUUAAGUACCAAUCGUGGCAUAUAAUUCCGUCUUCGAUCGAAACAGUACUGCUGGAACAUCCAGCCGUUAAAGAGGCUGUGGUUUUCGGGCUUCCGCACGACGAAGAUGGAGAUGUUCCAGCUGCUUGUUUGGUGUUGAAACAGGGUGGUAACAUUGGAGAACAAGAGAUUGACAAGUUUUUGACAGAAAGAGUGGCCGAUCGGGAGAGGUUGAGGGGAGGAGUUACUUUUGUGGAAACACUGCCCCAAACCCCCACCGGGAAAAUCGACCGGCGACAAGUUCGAGAUUUUGUUGUAAACAUGAAAAAUUAAAAGCGACAAAAAGUUGAACUAAAGCACA